UCUGAUCGCGGUGUGCUGGUGAUGGAGUUGGGCAGUGGACUCAGCUUUCCUGCCACGGAGUAUCUCAGCCACAUCAUACACACUCAGGCUCUGCAGGCGUCUCCUCCACGGUCAGUGGUCCUGGAUUGCCAUCAUGUCAGCAUCAUAGAUUACACAGUGAUCAGCGAGCUCAGGGACCUGCUGAGGCAGUUCAAACUACGAGAGGUGAAGCUGGUCUUUUCCAGAUUGCAGCCCUCUGUCCUGGAGCUUCUCCUAGCAGCUGAUCUGCAGGGCUUCAGGUAUUCAGACAGCGUGGAGGCGGCGCUGCAGAUGGAGUCGGAGAGCCUCCUCAAUGAAUGAUACAAAAAACGAUCAGUCUGUGAUUAUUGGACCGUUAUGAAGUUGAAAAGUGAAGUGAACUACCUCCAACAACUGAUACAGUGGCUGUUACAGUAGGUGUACGGCUAAACUUGACUUUGGAAAUCACUGUGGGAUCUCUGAGAUUACAGCACUACAUUACCAUCGCACAACAUACUGUGUUUUAUAGCAUUUUCUAGGCUUUUGAGGGACAAAAUGCUUUUGUAUGAAUGAAGAGGUAAUGAGAGAAAUAAUAUUACUGAAAUAUAUAUAUUUGUAACAGCGCUAAC